GUCGGCACCAUUCGAGGGCCCAGAAAAGCUCCUGGAAAUCUGGUUCACCCCGUCCCUGUCAGAGGACGAGGAUCCCACCUCCUCGAGGCGUGGUCUACGAAAAGUUGAUCCUUCGAUCUGGGAGGAGAUGUUGAACAUUGUCCAGUGCAAAGUUCUCAGUGUGAUUCAUGGAGAAGAAACGGAUGCAUACCUACUGAGCGAAUCUUCCUUCUUCGUCUCACCACACCGUCUCAUCUUGAAAACAUGCGGGACCACCUUGAAUCUCUUGGGCCUCCCCCGCAUUCUCGACAUCGCAGCUACGCAUGCAAACUUGGAAAAAGUUCACCGAUGCUUCUAUUCCCGCAAAAUUUCAUGUUCCCGGAGCGACAGCUGGGCCCCCAUCGGGACUGGAAGCAUGAGGUUGAAUAUCUGGACAACAUCUUCCCCAAUGGUGCCGCGUACACGGUUGGGAAGGUCAAUGGAGACCAUUGGCUUCUGUACAUGAGUAGUCCUCCGGAUUCUGAGCAGAUCCCCAGCUCCCCUCGACCACUCGCAAGCCACCACAUCGUUCCUGAUUACACGAUCGAGAUAUUGAUGAGCGAUCUCGCGCCUGCUGCUCGACAAGCCUUCUUCCCGCCCAUGGAGUCUGUCAAAUCGCCUUCCCUCGAAGGCCAGGCCCUUUCUCAAUCAUUGGGAAUUACCGAAAUCUUCCCUGCUCAUCUGACCACUCUGGACGCGUACUCGUUUUCGCCUUGCGGAUACUCUUCGAACGCGCUUAUCAGAUGGGGAAGCGAUUCGGGGACGUUUCCACCAGGCGCGCAAGGUGAAGGGUACUAUACAAUCCACGUGACGCCUGAAGAUGGGUGGUCGUAUGCAAGCUUCGAGUGCAACGUUCCUCUGGCACCAUCACAUCCGCUAACGCCCGAUGCCCGAACGAUCCCCGAUCUCCUCACCCUCAUCCACCGAGUGGUGGCCAUCUUCCAACCCGGCCGACUGAGUAUGACGCUGUUCAUCUCCAGCGAAGACAACGAAGUCGAGCAGGGAGAAAGUCCGGUAGAAGCUGCGCAGAGGGCGUUCAAAACCGCACUUAUGUCCGCAGAUGGCAGCAGUGGAAGCCCAUUCUACAAGCGGACCGACAAAAUCAACUACGAGUUUGGAGGAUAUGACCUGGCAUUUGCGAGCUUCGAGCUGAAGAGGUAGACACCCUGUACGAACCUACGAAAUCAAACAAGACAUUUUCGUCAGACACUGGGUGUGCGUACUUCUGUUUGGAAAAGCUCCCGUCCUUCGAAAUGUUGGGCCUUGAGCGCCACCGUGUUCUCGUCAGUAGUGUCACGAUUGGACGCCAUGUGAUUGGUCGUUCUGCGCGAGUUCCCCGCAUCUCUCUCGCGAUUCGGUGACAAACGCGCGCUGAUUCCAUCAUCUUCAGAUUUUCCGACUGGCUGAAGAUCUGCGGCACAUCCCGUGCUCUGGCGACAUUUAACACUCAUGCCAUGUUGUCCGCGCACAAUCAUGCAUCCGAGCAUCGUUUCACUACCCGAAGCUAGCUCGUCGGAGCACCAGCUUGCGCUUGCCGAAGUAAGCCGAUUUCAGCGCACCGACAUGGGCCACUCCGGGGACGGGCCCUGGACUUUCCAACUACUCCAGGAGCCCGAGCUUUCUAAUCAGCUAGCCCGCGUAGCCAAUGCACAAUCUUCGCGUCGGGUCGACAGCGUGUAUUUUCAGCCUUGCCGUCCCCAUGUCUAUCGAAAUCAGGACCGGCUUGUCGUAAACGAAUGGAGUCUUCCCGGCGGCCUGUGGAAUUUCAAUGCCGUGUUCGAUGGUCACGUGAACCACGAGACCGUCACUUUCGUGGCGGAGAGACUGACUCGAAGCAUCCAUGACCGACUGGCCGAUGCACUUCAGACGAGACAGGAUCUCCCGCCCGACCAGGUCAGCCAGACGUUGCGAGACUGCAUCGUCCAGCUGGAUAACGCCAUUUUGUCGGGCCUGCUGGAAUUCUUUCCCCGAGAUCUCAAAAGAUUGGGUCAAAUGUCUCGUCAGGAGGUGCAUCACAUCCUGCAUCAGGAUCCCUGUGGCAGAGCGGCUGCCCGAUGUCUGGGCGGGACUACAGCAAUCCUGAGACUCUCAGUUUGACCGAUCCCAAGCAAAGGGUGUGGAUAGCCAAUCUCGGAGACCCCGUCCCAGUCCUCGGGAUGCGGCCAUCCAGUGGGCAGUGGACGGGCAUCAUGAUUAACAGAACACACGAUGCCAGAAACUUUCGUGAAGCACAACGCAUACAAACUGAACACCCCGGCGAGUCGAAUUGCAUCGCAGAUGGCCGUGUCUUGGGAUUCCUCGAGCCGACGCGCGCGAUCGGCGACACCUGGCUCAAAAUGCCUGGUUUGUAUACGACGCGCGUCUUUUCUCAGCUGAAACAAGAGUACAUCUCGCCCCGGAAUCUCACCCGCUGCACAUCGCAGUUGCUGACACCUCCAUAUGUGUCCAAUAUACCAGAUAUCCACUUCCACGACCUCUCAUCAAAACAUCGUCCAGGAUUUCUGUUACUGUGUUCUGAUGGACUGUCGUCGACGGACAUAUACGACGGAAUGGAUCCGAGCAGCAUGGUUAAUCUGUGGACUGAUGUUGUCGGCCGAGCUUUCGAUACCGCAGGGACAAAUAACAUGGCGCUCGAACUGCUCAGAUCGGGGAUUGGGGGCUCUGACGUCGUCAAGCUAUCCCGAACGUUGACAGUCGAGAUGGAAGAGCGAUGGAUGGAUGAUGUGACUAUCGUAGUUCAGCGUUUGCGAUAGGCUGCAUCCAGAUCUUGGACUUGUGUUUUACUACUCCUUGAUUCAACGACGAAGAACGUUGUAAAUAGAACUGAUGUAGUCGGGAUUGAGCCAGAAAUGGUGAUGCUACGUACCAUCGAUCCCUCGCUAUUUUGCAUGCUUGAAGGCAACGCCCUAGAUUGUUGACUACUUGCCACUGCAACGUUCGCUCGCGCCGCAUGGUGUUUUGAUGGUCUCGGGCUCGCUGUGUCCAUCCUCACAUGGGGAGACCAAAUGCAGCGCUCGAUUUCCACGGCAGUUCAGGUUCACGUCCGACGACUGGUCUCAUCCAGAAUCCUUCCUUUCGCCAUGCUUUUCAAAUCUGCCCUUCUUUUGACUACUACCCUCUUCUCUGUAGCCUUGGCUGCUUCGAUUCCUUUCGGUCGCGAUGCGGUAGCCUACUACGAUCCAUCGCUUAACGGAGGGCGCAUGCUCGACGAUGCUACGGGCGGUCAGGGUGGUUCUGAUUUGGGCGAGCCUAUGAACGUCAUCAUCUCGGGCUUGAGCUCUCCCGAUGUCCUCACCGAUUCUGGCUUCUUGAACUAUGUCCAGUCCAUCGGGUUCUCGAGUGAAUGUUUGGGGCUUCAUCUCGGCGGCCCCCAGACAGCCAACCUCGGGGAUGGCGAUGGGUGGAGAAAUCAGACCGUCGAGUACCGUCAAGAUUAUGGUGAUGCCAAUUUAGGUACUUGCUUGGAGAGUCUGCUGGGUGGAAACCAUCUCCGGAUGUACCGCCAGAACGGGCCACAAGCUAAUUCCGGUGCUUUAUUCUUGGCUGUUUCUAAGGAACAGGAUCUCGCGGAGAAACACAACAUUGUAGCAAACGGCUAUGAUGUUGGUCGCGACCUGCUCGUCGCCAGUGCUAUCGCCGGUCAAACCUCUUUCGGGGGCAUCAACUACCUGAGCACUUCUCAAAACAUCCCUGGUCUACUUCCAACAGGGGCCUCAGGAUCCAGUGUGAACCACAACAUUGCCUUGGAUGGUGUGGUUGUGCUUCUGACGGUUACAAUUGUGUGA